UAUGACCCAGAGGAGCUUAGAUUCUUAGAUGAGACAUCCAAAGAUGAGAGGACAACUUCAAGGAGGUUUGAGAGAUCAAAGAAGGGAAAAAGAGCAGCAAAGAAGGGAGUCUUUGUGCGAGGACACCACCUUUCUGCAUUGGGCCUGCUCACCAUUGAUGGAAUGAUGAUAUGUUCAGUAAUUGAAGGUUCAUUCACUGUGGAGAAGUUUAAGGUCUUUCUUCAGGAAGAUAUUGUAAGUGCUAUU